UUGAUGCGUAGAGAAGAUUUUGUGCUCGCAACCAUCGCCGGUGUAAGUCGUUAAAUGCUUAUUACGCAGCAAAUUCAAAGACAAGAGCAGUAAGAUAGCUACGCGCGCAGAUAUGGUGACAACACGACGAUUUUCGCUUGAGCCUAAUGGCAAGUUCAAGGGUAAGACGAUAGGAUUUAGGCACUUGCAAUGUCUGCUCAUAUCCUUGGGCUUCAGUUUGCUUUUCGCAAUGCGUGUAAAUCUCUCUGUGGCCAUUGUGGCUAUGAUGGACAACAAGGGCUCGAAUCCAGACUUUACGGAAUACCAUUGGUCACAGCAAACGAAAUCACAUAUACUGAGCAGCUUUUUUUGCGGUUACAUUUUAGUGCAGAUACCGGCCGGUGGUUGGGCGCGUCGCUUCGGUGGACGUUUACUGCUGUUGCUCAGUGUCACGCUUAGCAGCAUUUUCGCGCUAAUCACACCGCUUAGUGUCAGUUUGGGCGGUUGGCAGCUGUUAUGUAUGCUACGCUUUUGUCAGGGUCUGUGUCAAGGCGUUACGCUGCCGACUAUAGCCACGCUGAUGUCCAAAUGGGCACCGAUUGAGGAGCGUAGUGCCUUACAAACUUACUGCUAUUCUGGCGCUCAAUUGGGCAUAGUUGUGAUGUUGGCCACCAGCGGUGUGCUUUGCUCCUCGUCCUGGGGUUGGCCAAGCACUUUCUACCUACCCGGUUUAUUGGGUUUAGCUUGGUCGUGCCUAUGGUUGGUGUUCGGUGCAAGCACACCACGCCAUUGCAAGCACAUAUCGGCGGGUGAGCGUGCCAUGAUCGAGGAAUCGUUAGGUCACGACACCARGAGCGCUGAAUUCGCUAAAACACAUGCUGUGCCGUGGAAGCAARUAUUCACGUCGAAACCAUUUUUGGUGCUGAUCUUCAAUCAUUGUACAAAUAAUUGGUGUUUCUGGACGUUGCUCACACAAAUACCGUCGUACAUUAACAGCGUACUCGGCAAGGAUAUCAAGAGUAAUGCUUUGCUCUCAUCACUGCCUUACAUCACUAUGUUGGCGUUGUCUAUGAUCUGCUGUCCGCUAGCGAGUUGGCUGGAAAAAUCGAAAUUGCUGAACGCAACCGUGAGUCGUAAGAUCUUCAAUACAAUUGGUCAAUGGAUACCGGUGGUCACGCUUGUAUCACUCGGCUAUCUGCAGCCAGAUCAAGGAGAUUUGGCAAUCAUUUUGUUAACCGUAACUGUUGCCAUCAAUACAAUUGGCCACUUCGGCUACGCGGUGAACCAUCUGGACUUGGCGCCCAACUUCGCGGGUACUCUUAUGGGCAUUGUCAACUGUUCGGCAAAUGUGAUGAGUAUCAUAGCGCCGCUGGUGGUGGGUUACAUCGUCACCGAUACGACAAACGUUUAUCAGUGGCGCAUAAUAUUCACAGUGGCUGGUGGCAUGAGUUUUUCGGGCAAUCUAAUGUUCCUAAUUUUCGGUACCGCCAAACAACAACCAUGGAAUAAUCCACCACAAAUAGUGCAGGAAGUAGAACCGCUCAAGAGUUUAGGCGUCGAUGCAAAGCAGUUGGAAAGUGAGCAAGAGAAGGUUUGAGCGACGUGUUUGAUAACGACUCAGUAUUGCCAUUAGUUUAUAUUUAAUAUUAAUUUUUUAGUAUAAUAUAUUGAUAAGUCUAGCUUAAGGACUAGGCAUACAAAUAUAAAGCUUUCGAAUAUAUUUCUGCAGAAUUCUAAUUAAAUCGAUAAAUAUGCCUAAAUCCAAACGCUAGAAGGAAGUUUUCUUCCGUUGGGAAUGACAUAAUUUUUACUUUCGAAAUCUGUAAGAAUUCUCACUCCAUCAAUCGGCAAAGUUGAAAUUCCAAGCAAAAAAAUAAAAAAUAUAGGGUAGUCGAUGAAAUUUUUCGUAUUUAUAAUAAAAACUUUGUAACUAUUGCUCUACAACCAGCGCCCUGAUCUAUAUUUCUAUSCUAGAAAAAAAAUUUCUAUAAACCAACAGCUAUUUUAGGAAACAGUAAGAAACAUUAGGAAAUGCUCCGACAAAGAUCUGCCACAGUUAAAAAUGCCGAUUACAGACACAGAAAGAAACGAUAAGAUAACCUUGCAAAACUCAUAAUUAURAGAGAGAACCCCGAAAAGUGUUGAAAGAGGUCGGCGCUUAAAAAUUUAAUUUUUAGUACAUACAACCAAUCAUAUAACUUGUGGGAUAUGAAAACUAAAGCAGUUUAUUUUUGAGAAAUCUCAAAAUAUUCCACACAGACUCAUGAAAGUAAGAGAUUAUGCUUUAAAGCAAAUAAUCAGAGACAUAAGAUUACGAGUAAUUUGAGAAACAGUUUAUUUUGAUAUUAAAUAUUCUAAAUAAUCAAA